AUGACGACAAUGCAGAGCGACGUCACCAAGCUCAAGCUGUUGCUACUAAGCAACCUGGAGGGUCAAAUCUCUCGCGUGAAUCAACUGUGCGAGGAGCUCGUAGGCUCAGAUGACUGCAAUGUCGACGCUAUUCUCGUCACGGGUGGUCUAGUGGCCAAGCGAGGGCCGCACGACUACGAAGCGCUCGAGGCCGUGGCGGCUGCUGAAGGAGAUAUGAUGGCACUUAUCUCGCGGCUUGAGAUGAUCAUAUGCCGCGUAGUUUACAUUCCCGACGACAACGAUCCACCCACAACGCGCAGCAUUGUCCUCUCGACACCGUCACUGACGCAGUAUUCCUCAAAUGUUUAUUGUCGAGAAGAGAAGCUAAUUGAGCGUGUGACAGUUAUGGGUGAAGCCCAGUAUUUCAAAUUGGUGAAAGAUGGAAAGAACCCGAUGACGGAUCGUGACAUGGUGUUAGUAUUGCGUGACUCGUCAUUUCGGACUCGUUUGCCCGAUGUAGAAAGCUCUUUCUUCGCUGGUUUGCUGCCCAUGCUACAACCCAAUAAACCAGAGGAACAACGUGCACUCGAGAUCAUUGGUGGUAGUGAUCAGCAUCCACAUGCACAACUUCCAUUGAUAUAUCCAGGUUCCUUACGAUUAGGUCAGUAUACUAUUCUGGAGCUAGAGAAAGAUCCUCUUGUGGAUACUUGGGGUGUUGCAGCCGUGAUUUCUCAUCAGCUUAAGAAAAAAGUCGUUGGAAAUGACAAUGACGCCACAUACUAA